ACUCAUCUUUGUGUAAAAGCCCGUAGCGUUUUGUACGCGUAGCAUUACUCCGUCUACCACCCGUGGUCGAGGCUGCUGGAGCAGUGGCAUCACCACACGGAUGUUAGUACUGUGCAGAGCUGCUCCUGCAGAGUUGCGCCUGAGCCGAAGCCGUCCCCGUCCAUGAGCAGGUAGCUCGUCUGCCUAACCAUAAACGUCCCACCAGCAUCACCUGGUAUCCGAGGGAAGCUCUUGUCCGGUGUCCGAACCCCCGCCCUGUUCGCGUACGGCGUGGCGUCUCGUCCCCCGUCAAAAAUCAAAAUGAUGGUCACACGCUGACACCGGCCCAAUCAACCAGCGCCGGUGCCCGCGCUCGCGCCACGCCCGCAAUUUCUUUUCCACCGGCCCCGGGAGUGGAGACAAGCGGUCGCCCUGGCGCGGCCCCGCCCUUUGAUUCCCUCUGCCUGCGCGCCGCCCGCUACGGGACGCCACCAAGCCCCAGCAAAUCGACAACCGCAGGCGGCCGCUCGCCUUUGCUCCCACGCACGUCCAACGCUAGCGGCGGGCGAACACUGUGCCCUGCUUCAUCGCAGUUAUGAGUUAUCCCUGAGUUUAUCAGUGAGUUGCCACUGACCGACUCUUUCCCGCUCGGCCUCACCUGAAAUUAUUGGCCUACGUGAUGAUCCAGGGCGUCCUGUCGCGCGCGCCCGCCACCGACGCCGCGAUGAAGGCCAAGCGGGCGGCGUCGAUGCCCGAUGACGAGGAGAAGGCGCGCGGGAAGCGGCUGCAGCUGCAUGGCUCUGCCUCCGAGCACGAGCAGGGUCUGCUGGCUGUGGCCGCGGUGGAGGAAGGGGAGCGGGUGGUGGAGGCGGCGGAGACGCGCGGGCUGCGGCUGCUGAGGCUGCUACUCAGGUGCGCCGAGGCGGUGGCCAUGGACCAGCUGCCAGAGGCUCGGGACAUGCUGCAGGAGGUGGCCGAGCUGGCGUCCCCGUUCGGGUCCUCCCCGGAGCGCGUCGCGGCCUACUUCGGCGACGCGCUGUGCGCGCGCGUGCUCAGCUCCUACCUGGGCGCCUACUCGCCGCUCGCGGCCGCGCAGAGCCGCCGCAUCUCCUCGGCGUUCCAGGCGUACAACGCGCUCUCCCCGCUCGUCAAGUUCUCGCACUUCACGGCCAACAAGGCCAUCCUGCAGGCGCUCGACGGCGAGGACCACGUCCACGUCAUCGACCUCGACAUCAUGCAGGGGCUACAGUGGCCGGGCCUGUUCCACAUGCUCGCGUCCCGCCCCCGUAGGCCGCUCUCGCUCCGUGUCACCGGGCUCGGCGCCUCGCUCGACGUCCUCGAGGCCACCGGCCGCCGCCUCGCCGAUUUCGCGGCGUCGCUCGGGCUGCCCUUCGAGUUCCAGCCCAUCGAGGGGAAGAUCGGGCACGUCGCCGACACCACCGCCCUCCUCGGUCCGCGCCACCACCACCACAGGGAGGCAACAGUCGUGCACUGGAUGCACCACUGCCUGUACGACGUGACGGGCUCGGACGUCGGCACGGUGCGGCUGCUCAAGAGCCUGCGGCCGAAGCUGAUGACGAUCGUGGAGCAGGACCUGGGGCACAGCGGCGACUUCCUCGGCCGGUUUGUGGAGGCGCUGCACUACUACUCGGCGCUGUUCGACGCGCUGCGCGACAGCGCGGGCGCCGCCGAGGAGGAGCGACACGAGGUGGAGCGGCAGCUCCUGGGCGCGGAGAUACGGAACAUCGUGGCCGUCGGAGGCCCGAAGCGGACGGGCGAGGUUCGGGUGGAGCGGUGGGGUGACGAGCUGCGCCGCGCCGGGUUCCGACCCGUGUCCCUCGCCGGGAGCCCCGCCGCGCAGGCCAGGCUGCUGAUCGGCAUGUACCCGUGGAAGGGAUACACGCUGGCGGAGGAGGACGGGUGCCUCAAGCUCGGGUGGAAGGACCUCUCCCUGCUCACAGCAUCGUCGUGGGAGCCGACGGAAGACUGCUACGUCGCCGUUGCAGAGCAAAAACGCCAUGAUUCUUGAUCAAUUUUGCUAUAUUUGGCCAGUGAUGAUUAUCAAAGGUUCGUCAUAUAAUCGUAUAUAUAUAUGCUCCACCGAUCA